AUGAAUUCCUCCUCAAUCCAAACUGAAAUAGGUAGGUACACAGACAUCAAUCACAUAUUCGAGACUGUCCAGAAGAGAGGCUAUCUCACACAAUUGACUACAUUUUUGGAGGAAGUCUUUACAAACGAAAUCAACUUUGCAUCCUAAAGUAAAAUCACAUUUGCAUCAUUCCAAUAGGACUCAAAGAAGUAAUCAGCUCCAUGCAAAGACAAGGAUAAAAGGUCGAAUACUCAAUCCAAUUAAAUCGAAAUAUACAAAUUUUUAAGAGCAAUUUUGAUUUAAUUUUAACUGCUACAUCGAACAAUGUCUGGAAUCAAAUAGUUAAUUCGAUGAAUCUGAUCUCCGAUGAAACAUUUCAACUCGCCAACAACAAAUCCGAUAUCAUCUCCCCAGUUUCCAGAAAAAUCGAAAGACAAUCAGAACCUGAUCUUAAAAAAAUGACUAUGAGUCAAUCCUAUGUGAGCAGAUCUCCAAGCAAAAUUUCAACUAUCAAACAACAGUAAACUAUUCCCUUGAGCGAAAUGUCCAUACAAAUGAGAGGAUCGCCAACCACCUUCAACAAAGCCAAAAGACAAUUAGACAAUAGUUUAACUACAAGUUCUCCAGGAGUAGGCAGGUAUCGAACCGAAGUGGCUGAAAAACGUAUACUCUUACCUUUAAACUUCUAGAUAUCAGAGAGACCUCACCCAAUGCUACCAUAGGAAAAUCAGCAAAAAUUAGUUGGAUUGAUGAAAAACUGUAAAAAGAAGAUGCUCAAUCCCCAGGACCCAUAUAUAAUCCAGUAAAAACAUUCUGUUCUAAACGUGUUAAAUGAUUGAUU